AUGUUGGAAACACUACAUGCCUGGAUCGGCCAGCCCGUCCAAGACCACCGCUCCCUUCCCAUCCUAACUAUCUACCUGACCUCCUGCGCCGCCCUCACAAUAAAAAUCCUCCUCAACAUUUACCGCGGCUACCACACCCAUAAAACGCAGUCGAACUGGCGCCGCAGCUAUGGUUCUCAAUUCACCAUCUUCAUUGCCCUAUCGAUUCUCAGCAUCACAACAACAUGGUACUACAUGUUCGCGUUCUUUGCGCAUUCCUACCGCAGCUGGGAAGCCAGACAGUCACCCAUGCAGCGGGCAUUAAUUGAGGUAGCACCGCAUCUAUUGAAAUGGGAGAUGUGGCUACGGGAUAGCAAGCUGUUCCGGGAGGCGUGGGAGAGUGUGUCUGCCACGCCGGCGAGAACGUGGUGGAGCGGGCAGAUUUUCCUCUGGACGAUUGGGUGGAGUUUGUUCUUGGGCGUUAUGGGCCGUCGAUACCAUAUCCCCAAUGUGUGGAUGUACAUGCUGCUCGGGCAGAUUGUUGCCAUCUCCUUCGCACAGAAUCUGUUCUUUAUCACAGUCAUCGUCUCAGGCCCGAGUUCCGUUCCAUCUACGAAGCUUACAUGGACACCCCCUGUGCUCCUCGAUCUUGCGCCGGUCGUGAUUUCCGGCCUCGGCGCUGCGGCUACACCCCUCGUCGCGAACACGCCGUAUUUUAUGCCUGUUCUUGCUAUUCCUCAUCUCCUGCUAUUCGUCCCCGGUCUCCUGUCCCCUCGACUUCUACCGCAGGGCUGGGGUGCAUACAUCGCCCAGCCUACGCAGAGAUAUGCCUCUUGGUACAAAUGGCUCUUCGCGAUCGCGGUGAUCAUUCAGGCACGGUCUCUGUAUUCGGUGGUUCUGGAUGCACCGAGUUUGCUAGGAGCUUCGGUAGUCGAUCUCGGGCGGAGAUUAGUGGAUACACUGUUGGAGCAUCCGGCUGUGAGUAGCGUUGGGUGGGAUGUGGUGUGUUGUACGAUUUCAUGGACUAUCUGGAUGUUAUUGCGGGGUGGGUUUCAGGAAAUGCUGGAGUAA